GUGUCAUAGUCUGCAGAGUGAGACCAGAACUCGUGGAUUGUGUCUCUGGAGAGGAUCUGGUAACGUUGUGUUGACAGAGCAAGUGUUCAGAACCCAGCAGGUCGGUUUUUACACCUUUCAUGUUUGUCCUUUGGAACAUUGUGUUGAAAACGGGAGGUUGACUGGGAGUCUACAGUGUGAGCGGCAUUUCCUGUUCCACUUCCUGUAGCUACCAGCGCACCAUCAUGAGGAGUGGUUUGUGGGAUUGCCUGGAAAAGCUUUAUUUUAAACUUAUCUGGAGACUGAUAUAAAUAAUUACUGCUUAAAUGAAACAUGCACCAAAGGACUUUCCAGUGGUCUUACCGUUCUGCUUCAGCAACAAGGAGUGGACCUGGGUCGUCAGAAAAAAUGUUUUUCGUGGCAGGAGUCAAAAAUACUUCAGGAUCAGGAAGAGAAAAUGAAAAGAGGUCAAUUUACCAAACGUUCCGGGAGGUAGAUUUACUGAACAAGAAGAAGCCAGUGACAGCUCUGAAGCCUGGAGAAGAUCGGGCCGUUCUUCUCGGGCUGGGAAUGAUUCUGGCUUCGUUUAUGAUGUAUUUUGUUCUGGGGAUCACUAUUUUACGCUCCUAUGCUGACAGCGUGUGGACAGAGGAGGGGCUGUGUGUCGUUCUCAACGCCACGCUCACAGGAGACGUGAACUGUUCCUACAGCUGUGGGUCAGACUGCUGGAGAGGGUCCAGAUACCCCUGCCUGCAGGUCUACGUCAGCCUCAACAACACAGGCCGCCACAGCCGUUUGCAUUACAACGAAGAGACGCAGGACGCCAGCUCCGAGUGUGUCUAUGCUCCUCGGUGCCAAAAGGACAGCGCCGCCAUGCACUCUGCGGUCAUGAACAUUUCUGAGCGUCUAAAGGUGGACCAGCAGGUUCCCUGCUUCUACGACCCUAACGAGCACCGGGAGAUGGUCCUCCUGACCCGGAUCUACGACCACAGCGUGGUGCUGCACUCGCUGCUCUGGCCCUCGUGCACGCUGGCGGGAGGGGCACUCAUUGUUGUGAUGGUGAAGCUCACGCAGUACCUCUCCAGACUUUGUGAACAAAUGGGGAGGAUCAAGAGGUGAAUUACGUGCAGCUGUUGGAGUUGGGUUCUGGAUAUCUGAGAUGGAAGGUUUUUUUUAACCAGGUGAACUUUAGUUCUUGGCUGAGACAGUCUGCACCUCCACAGAGCAGGGAGGAUGGAGCUGUUUAUAAAACUGAACUGGAUGUUCCCAGGUGGAAAAUGUCAAACAUGCAACUGUCUGUUCCUGAGAGAACAGAGGCUGUUUUACAUGCUGUUAAAAUGUAAAGCAUGUCAGGGUGUUGAAUAAAACAUUUAUAAUCUGUUU